UGCUGGUGUGGUAGGCAGAUCCCGAUGCUAUGGUUUCGCACGCGGAGACGGCGACUGCGCCGACCUGGAAAUCCAGACAUCAUUCAACAUGAACCCCUGCCCAGAUCCAGAUCCCUGGCACGCGCUGCCCAGGCUGUUGCUGCGGUUGGGGUGGGCCGCUGACGACGACGCUCCAAGCGUCUCGCCACAACCAGCACUCGGUUCAAGCCACAAACGACGGCGUGUUCAGCAUCUUGGCUCCUCCACUCUGCUGUGACGACCCUGCAAACCUGUUGGCCUGUUUGUGUUUUUUUUUCUGUCCAUCCAUGUCCUGCGCUCAGGUAGCUUCGCUGGCGUCAACACGGCCAAUCAACCAUCAGACCCAAGUAGCGACCAGGCUGCGUGUGAUGGAGCGACUUGUCCAGCCGGCAUUCGACACCAGAAAUCGGGAGAGCACCAGCAGCCCGGCACAUCACACAUCGCGUCCUUGUGCUGCCCCUGCAUGAGUACUUGCGUCACGCUUCCUGCGCGACUUGGCAUGCGCGAGAGACGCUGAGAAGCAACGAGACACACUAGAGGCGUGGCCACACCUGUCUUGCAUUGCCUUAACGGUAGCUGGCGGGCCGGUCUGCCACGGUCCUGUGCUCCGCUCCCCAGGAGGACCCUCCAGUGGUUACUUCUUCGAGUCCCAAAAAAAAAACACGGCUAUUUAAAGAGCGCUUGAGUGCCGUUUUCGAGACUUGUUCUCGUCUCCUUCCAUCAUGCCUUCUGUGCAGGGAAGCGUCAUAUUUGCCACUUCCAUCGCCCUCUUCUUUGGCCUCAUAUUCACCAUCUCAUCAACCCUCCUCGGCAUCGCCCCCCUAGGAUCCAACAGCACCCUCUCCACAACCCCGCAAACGACGCCGCUGGGCCACAGCAACAACACCGGCGCCAUGCCUGAGGGCUACCGCUCCGUCGCCUACUUCGUCAACUGGGCCAUCUACGGCCGCAAGCACUUCCCGCAGAACCUGAUAGCCCAGAACCUGACGCACGUACUCUAUGCCUUUGCCAACAUCCGACCCGACUCGGGCGAGGUGUACCUGACGGACCUGUGGGCCGACAAGGACAUCCACUUCGAGGGCGACUCUUGGAACGACGAGGGCAACAACCUGUACGGCUGCCUCAAACAGCUGAACUUGCUCAAGAAGUACAACCCCAACCUCAAGGUGCUCAUCUCCAUCGGCGGCUGGACCUACUCGUCCAACUUCCGCCGGCCCGCCUCAACUCCGGAUGGCCGUGCCAACUUUGCCCGCACUGCCGUCAACCUGGUCAAGCAGUACGGCUUCGAUGGCAUCGACAUCGACUGGGAGUACCCCCAGAACGCCGAGGAGGCCGCGAACCUCGUUGCCCUCUUGCAGGCCUGCCGCCACGAGCUCGACGCCUACAGCAGCACCCUCAGCAGCCAAUACCACUUUGAGCUGACGGUUGCUAGCCCGGCGGGCGCGUCCAACUAUAACAACAUGGAUCUCCCCGGCAUGGACCGGCUGCUCGACUUCUGGAACCUGAUGGCGUACGAUUACGCCGGCUCGUGGGAUUCGACGGCCGGCCACCAGGCCAACCUGUUCCCGAGCUACUCCAACCCGGGCUCGACGCCCUUCAGCACGGCCGCAGCCAUAGACGCCUACGUGGCGCGGGGCAUCCACCCCAGCAAGAUCGUUAUGGGUAUGCCGCUGUACGGACGCGCGUUCGAAAACACGGACGGGCCCGGGGCCCCCUUUAGCGGCAUCGGGCAGGGCACGUGGGAGGCCGGAGUGUACGACUUCAAGGCGCUGCCGCAGGCGGGGGCCGAGGAGCGCGAGGACGGUGAGUCGGGCGCCACGUACAGCUACGACGCGGGCCGGCGGGUCAUGGUGUCGUACGACACGGUCGGGCUGGCCAGGCGCAAGGCCGAGUUCAUCCGGCAGCGGGGCCUGGGCGGCGGCAUGUGGUGGGAGAGCAGCGCCGACAAGGAGGGGGCCGAGAGCCUGAUUGGCAACGUCGUGGGGGUGUUUGGUGGGCCGGGCGGGCUCCAGCGGCGUAACAACGUGAGGGAGUUCCCCCAGACCGAGUUCAAGAACCUGCGCGAGGGCUUCCCGGGCCAGUAGAGUUGUUUGUCACGGUGUGUUCGUGUCUGUUUUGUUUGUAUUGAAUACCUAGAUAGAUCUUUAGCAUGCAGCGAUACACUCAGGCGAGGCUAAGUCCUCGCUGCUUAUCAUUUGCUUCCAUAUUCAGCGUCACCAGACAGUCACGCCCAGCGCAACGCGGAGAAAGGAGUGUGCCGCGGC